AAGGUGUUACCCGUUUUGCUCCGCUAUAAUUUCUUUCAAAAACAGUGGAAUUUAUAAUGAAAAUCGGUGAAAAUUGCUCCAAGUCAUUAUAAAGUUGUCUAGAUUCAGUUUUUUUUCAUCUUAUGAAUUAGGGUAUCAAUUUGUUGCGCUAUGCAAUGCGAAAGAGGUUAACGCGGAAACUAUGAAAGUGAAGUUUAAAUGAUCAUAUUGUCUAAAAAGCCAACGUGAUUUUCGAAUACCAAUGGACGUAACAGACGAGAUCAACUUUGGCGAUUUACAAAAGCACGAACGAUACAAAAAAUUGCAACGGGACCUGAAACUGGCUCGUAUCAAACAGACAAAAAUACUUGAGAAUUCAGAAUUCAACGUGAGAGAGAAAUUUAAGACAAACUUUAAUUUAAAAACCAGUGGAUUAAUUCAAUCACUUCCAUGGCCUAGUUGUUCGAGCAUUAAUGCAGAUCCCUCGGAUUUUAACAGUACCGUAACGUCCUCGACAUUACAAGUAUCAAGAACCGGCAGUGAAGUUUUGGCUUCCUCUUGUCACCUGAAAAAACUCAUUUCCAAAAGGCAGAUGCUACAUAAACCAAUGGCAACUUCAAGUCUCAAGCAAUAUUCAGAAGCCGAUCAGAGUGUAGAUGACAGAGCAAUUAUGCCACCUCCUUCUAGUAGCAAUAUAAUUCGUCCACCUGCAAAAAGAUCGUCUCCUUCAGUUACCACGGAAUCACUUAAUCAGUCUCGACAGCCACCGUCAUUUACUGAUGACCUUUAUUCUCGUGGAAAACAAUCUUUCUCGGAUGGAAAUUCCAGCACUGAUCAUCCUGAAGAUUCUGGAUGUCCUCAGGAUCAGAGCAGAGGAAAACCCAUCGUUCGAGAUUUUUAUCGAUGGAGAGUUGUUCUCAAUGAUCAGGGACAGUUGCUGAUUAAAGGAUCUCUUGAAAAUGGGAAGAUUGCACGUAGCAAACCAGUUUUAAAAAUGCUUUCAUCGACAAAGGUUGAAUCGAUUUACAAGCACACUUACUGUCUUCACGGGAACAUAAUCGAUGAAAAAAAUGAGUUGCCGAAAUACAUUUACACGAAAUUCUACAGCGGUUUUCCCGACGACUGGGAAAAUAUCCACCAAAUCUGGAAGAACUACGUCGCUCAAGGAAGCAAAGAAAAUUAUCGAUGGCCAAUGGACGUUUGUUUCAGUGACGAUGACCUUAAUAGCGAAAUCACCGAUAUCACUGACAUUCAUAGAAGUAGUGAGACGAAAUUUCAGGAACCCAGUUCCAUUGACAAAUCGACUCCUCAGAGGUCUUCCGGUUACAGUUCGGAUAUCCGACCAGAAAGUAAUUCAAAAUCGAGUGAAAAUUUGAGCAGAGAUGUAAACUUGAAAGAUGCCUCGCAUUUGUCGAGCAGGAAUAAAACCAUGGAGGUUUCGAGUUUUUCUAGUGAAAAAGAGAAUAGAAGUCGAAUGGAGAAUAAAAGUCAAGAUGAGAGCAGACACCUGGGUGAAAACAGAAGUGGAAAUUUAUACACAGCUCUGAAUUAUGCUCAGACUUUAAAAGACUAUAUCUUUGAAGAUAAGCUGACCAUUAUAACCCAGAAUUUACUGAACGAAAAUUGCCCUCGGGAGUACGUAAGAUACGUAAAUGAAACUAUCGAGAAUUUAAACCAUCUCAUUUCUUACAAAAUGACGAACUUGGAUGAAACCGAAGUCAAGCGGCCGAGAGUUGAAGCCAAAAAUGAUUCCCGUAUCGCUGAAGACUUUCAAAGAAAUUGUUCCACUCCUCUUUUCGCAUGCAAUGAACGAAUGUUGAAUGCAUCGACACAAGUUUCUGCCAAUGAGGUGGUUCAGAGAAUAUCAAAUGUUGAAACUGAAAAGCGAAAUGAAAAGCACGAAACAUAUCCAAAAAUGAUAAGCCCGCAGAAUCUAAAUCCAGUAACGAGUGGUGAUAUUUCGGAAAGCGAAACUUACGCUGGAAUUCCAAAAAUAUCGAUGGAUCGAAUUUUUCAGUCGAAGAAUUACCAUUCGAGGUACAAGGAGAGGAAAAUUGAGCGUAAUUUGAAAAGUAAUGCUUUGAAAUUGAGCGCGAAUGACUGUAGGGAUAAUUUGUCUUAUGACUCGAGUGUGAGUUUGACGGAGGAAGAAAUUCAAAAGAAUUAUGAGGAAAAGUCGAACAAAGCUAGGUUGAAUUCAAAUAUCCCACAAUUUGGAACAAAUACGUCAAAAGUUUUCGGAGGAAGAACCGAUUUACAAUUGGACCCUCUGAGGCAAAAUCGCAUACCUUUGGAAGUGAUGCGAAAAACUUGCUUCGAGGAAAACAGAAAGAGGAUAGAGAAUUCCAACACAACUGCCAAUUUCAACAACGCCAAUUUGACUUCGCUGGAUAGAGAAAACAGAAAAACCCCGAAUGAUAAGGAAAAUUUAGAAGCGAAUAAACAACCUGGGUCUUUAGAAACUUUUCAGAUGAAAGAGGCUCAGAGUUCACAGCAUCUUAAAGUUGAUGAUCAGCGAGGGAAACUGAAAGCAACAAUAGUAAAUUCGGAAGUCAGUGCCUUGCAGAGGUCGAAAAGGCCGCAUAAAAAUCAAUUUUUAACUUUCGAAUCAGAUGAUAGUAGACCGGAGCAAAGAGAAAAGGAUGAAGCAUUCAAGAAUUCGACUUUUCUGAAAGGUGCGGAAACGUUUCAGGAUCCGGAGAAAAUUGCAUCUGAAGAUCGAGAGAUUUCGGGAAAUGAUUACUUCGGGUCUGAGAACAAUCCCAAGCUUUUGGAAUUUUGGACGCCGCAUGUAACUUUUGAUGGCAAAAAUUAUCAUCUUAUUUUUGAAGGGAUUUUGCUAAAUGCGGUAGGUCGGCCUAUGAAGAAAAAAUUUAUUUCGAAUCAUGUCGUGAGAAGAGUUUCCUCAAAGGUUAUUGAAACGGAAGAUCGUCAAUUUUAUAAGCUGAUUGGUGAUUUGCAUAAUACCAAGCAUGUUGUUCCGAAGGAGCUUUUACCUCAAUGCAGAAACGGAUGCCCAGCAAAAAUCGAUCACUUCUGCGCCAUGUGGCUGAAAUUAAAAGGAGAAAACAACGUUAUCGCCGAGCGUCCACAAAAAUCUGCUACAGAACUUUUACAAAAUGUUCAAAGUAGUACUAGAGGAAGGCGCAUUUUACCUCCUUUGAAUUAUUGGACGGGUGAGCGAUUAGUUGUAAAAGACGACAACCCUGUUUAUAAACCAGCAGAUCCAAAGGAAUAUUUUGCACCUUCCGGAAUCAAGAGCCCUAAAAACACCCGGAACCCACAAGAUCAAGAAAAUCAGACGGACAUGGCAAAAGAAAUCGCGAUGCCAAGCACAAUAAAGAAAGUUGACAAGAUAUCAAAACCCAAUCUUUCGAAUGAGGAUCCUCUUUCGUCGACCCGUGCAACAAAGGGUUCUUCCAACUCCGAAGAAAUCGAAGCUCCCAGCAAAAAUAAAAUUGCCCAUAAACUGAUCUUCUCGUCAAGCGACAGCGAAGAGGACCAACAAAAAAUCAACACGCGCUCAAAGAGAAAGAGUCGAAAAAGUUUCGAUUUCAUCGAAAACUCAUCCAGACGUGAGAAAAAUGCCUAUCGACAAAACGAGAAUCCUAAAACUGCUAAUUCCUAUGGAUUGAGAAAGAGGCAAAAAAUUGAUCAUAAUGAAGUUGAUUCAGAUAUCGAGAGUGAUACGGAUUCGAGUCCAAGUGACAAACAUGAGAAGAAAAAAUUGCAAACGACAAACAAGCCUUCUCAAAUUCGUUGCAUUUAUAAGAGAAACGUUCCAGCUAAAGACGCCAUGCUAUCGGACGAUCAGCUUUCAGUGGCGUGAAUGUAUAUAGGAUUCGUAGAUUAUUUACAUCAAUAAUGAUAUAGUUUAUUAUAUUAAGAAGAUCUGGUAUCUGAAAAUCGAGAUAAUUAUAAGAAUUAACUCCUAGAUAGAUUCAAAAUUCGAGAUCUGUUACAACAAAUUCUAUCGGAAAUUAUGCCUUACGGUAAAAUAUAAAACUUUAGUAGAAUAUUAAGAUGAAUAAUAUAGUUGAUGUGGUUUUUAUUUCGUUUGAGACCUUGAAUCAUUGUUAUUAUAUAAAUACUUACGGUGCUCUAUAAAAAUAGAAUCUCAAUUUUUUAAUUAGCUUUAAAUAUAUUUUUCUUACUAUACAGUGUAUUUGAAAUAUGGACAACGAAUUAAAGAAGUAUAGGAUAAAGGAUUCCAUGUUUAGUUUAUAUUUUAAAUUCUAAAUAUAACUAUUAAUUCCCAGCUAAGUGUCAGAAAGAGAUUGCUAAUCGUAAAUAGAAGCGUGUUUUCACACUUUCAAUUUGUUUCCUUAAACCAAAAUUGUGACGAAUUAAAUUCGUUUUCAAUCUGACCGAAUUUUUUCAUUGAGCGAUUGGAAUUUUGAUGAUUAGCUGAUUUUCAAUUGUUUAUGAGUUAAGAUGAACAAAUUUGAAUCUUCGAAGCUAAUGUUUUUUUUAAAUACAGCAUGUCCAAAGCAAUUCGGAACGAAAUAAUAUAUCAUUAAAAUUGAUUCGAAAGGUAAAAUUAUAUUUAAAAGUGAAAUAAAAAAUAAAAAUAGUGUACAC